UGGGCCCUCCCCCGGCUGCCUGGCGCCUCCCUCCCGCCCCACCGCGGUGACUCACCGAGCGGGAGGCGGAGGCUGAGGCGGCCGCUCCCGCUGCUGCUGCUGCUGCUGCUGCCGCCGCCGCCGCCGCCGCGGCUGCUCGGGCUGAGCGCGCCCCGGAACAGGCCGCCGCGCGCUGCGCUCCUGACCCGCAGCCCCCGCCGGCCCGGCCGGGUCGGGCGGCCCAGGGCGGCACCUUCCUAUUUCUCGCUGGCCACAGCCCUCCCCUGUCAGUUGAGCACCUGUUUGCCUGAAGUUAAUUUCCAGAAGCAGGAGUCCCCAGAGCCGGGCCAGGGGGAUGAACCGCGAGGGAGCUCCCGGGAAGAGUCCGGAGGAGAUGUACAUUCAGCAGAAGGUCCGGGUGCUGCUCAUGCUGAGGAAGAUGGGAUCAAACCUGACGGCCAGUGAGGAGGAGUUCCUGCGCACCUAUGCAGGCGUGGUCAACAGCCAGCUCAGCCAGCUGCCACCGCACUCCAUUGACCAGGGUGCAGAGGACGUGGUGAUGGCGUUUUCCAGGUCGGAGACGGAGGACCGGAGGCAGUAGCUGCAAACCCCUCGAAACACCCUGGAAGUUGUCAAGGGCCAAGAGACCUGCGUGGCUUCUGGGCCGGCUGAGUGGCAGCAAACCAGCCUGCCCCACCGCCCCCUGCUCCUGCCCUGCCCCGCCCCCCCCCAUGGCCACGCAGCGGGGGACACCAGUGGUGCGUUCACAAUUGGCUUAAAGGGAUGGACUCAUGAUUGGCUGCAGGAAGAAACCUUUUUAUUUUUAAAUCUUGACCAACAGAAACCUUUUAUUUUUAUUUCUGACUCUUAUUUUUUUUAAAAUUUGCGCCUCGGUGUCUGGCUUCCCAGGAAGCUGUCCGAGCUCUGGUGCUUUAGUUAGGUCAUUUUUUAGAAAUGUGAAGAGGUUCGAUUGGCUGCUUAAACUGGAAAGGGAUUCUGAUUGGCUGGUUAAUGGGAAAUGGUUUUUUUUCUUUGAUUGGCUGCAGGUGUUCUGCUGAUAUCAACAGCUUCUCUAUUUUGAAUGCAGAAAACAAGAUCUGAGACGUUAGUUGUUAUAUUUGACUUGAAAAAAAAAGAAAGAAACCAAGUGUGCUUUGCAAUAUUUAUUAUACAAAGAGCUUGCUGCUGCCUUCACACUUGGAGUCUGUGUUUGAAGUUGAUUGGCUUUCAGUUGUGUAUUUGGUUUCCCAUUGGCUCACCCGUGACUCCUGUUGCCAUGGAGUCACCCCACUCUGCUGCUUGUUCUGGACCGGGGGUCCACCUGGAGAGUGCAUUUGCGUUAAUGACCGCACCUGCGUCCACCAGCAAGGGGACCCCGAGGAUCCUGAGCAGGGUCCACAGCUGGAAAACAGGGCCCCCGAGGAGCUUGCGUUGUCCUGAAUGAGUAGCCUGGAGCUCAGAGGUAGCCAUUAGCAGGAUUUAUGUGCAUCGCUCCCGUGAGUUGGCAGCCAGCCAGCGUCCGUGGCGAGAGCGGGAGUGCUCAGACGCUGUCCAGGCCUCGCCUCCCGCUGUGCUCAGCAGAGGUGCAUGGGCUGGGCCGCUGGCUCUGUCCUCUCGUCCAUCCUCCUACGUACCCCUUCCUGAGGCCUCGACUCAGGGCUCCUCCUGUAAAGGGAGGAGCUGCUCCCAGCUGUGAGACCCCAAAAGAUGCUGGAGGCCAUCUAGCGAGAGUCUCUCAGAACCCACAUAAAAGCCCCAGCUUGGUUCACAAGGCCCAGGAGACCUUUGGCUCCAGACACCAACCCCUGACUCCCCCCAGCCAGGCUCCCACGGUGGCCAGCACUGGACUUCUCUCAUCCUCGGCCUGUGCCCCCCACCGCACUGCCUUCGGAAGGGUCUCUCUCCAUGUCCUCCUGGAAGGGACAGUGUCAUUGUUUAUUUGUUAAGUGCCCACCAGGACAGCUGGCUAGGCCUUCACUGAGUAGGUCCCAUCUGGCUGGCCCCUAGACCAGCCCCAGAAUCACAGAGCAACACUCCUCGAGGGGGUGGGGCCUGGGUCUAAUGUUCGUGCAGGAACCCCGGAUCCUCCCCGCUGCCACCGCCUUCCCAGGAGCUGCUCCUCCCGUCUCCCUGUGGCUCUCACAGGAGUGGGAGCUGGGAUGGGGGUUGGAGAAAGUCACGGGCCUCAGGGCGGGGGCCUCCACCCUCCCCCUGUGGUCGUAGGUGGCUGAGGCUCCUUUCUUACCCUGGGUACCCAGAGCUAGGAGGACACUCUCAGAGCCCAAUCCUUCUUUCUCAGGGUUUGGGGCUGAGGGCCUCAGAGGCUCCUAAGUGUCAUGGAGCCCACAGGGCCCAAAUGUCUGAGACCUGCAGAGACCCCUUGUCGAUGGGUAGUCCACGCUGUGCUGUGGUGUCACCAGCCUUGUUCCAGCAGGAGGGUAUGACCAACAUGGCAGGGAUGCCGUGUCUUCCACCACACACUGGCCCCUGGCCCUGGUUAGCUGACAGUUAACCCGCCAAGGCCAUUGAUCCCCAGGGGACAAGGACAGUGGGGAUAUGGCUGCAGCCCAACCCCAGCAGGGGUAGUGCGUGUGAUCGUGCACACACACACGUGCACACCCACAUAGAUGUGCACUUACACACGUGCAUACACACUCACGCACACACGCACACACACUCCCAGCUCAGUGGCCUGGAGCUCCAGCCGAGCCCCUGUGGGAAAGGUGAGUUCUUCAGUCUCUCCUGCCCCCAGGUCGUAGCGUCUGGAGUCAGGUGUCAAGGCCCGUGUUGCUGGCUGCCCCCUCUUUGUACCUGUAGCUCAUGUGCAGGGCCCAAGCCCUGGUCGAUCCCUGGGCGAGCUGGUUCUCUGCCUCGGCCUGCCUUUGUAAUGGUCACAGGCCUCGCUCUUAUAACAGGGGCGACUCAGGCCUGUCUCAUCUGAAGAAGAAAAGUCAAAGUGUUGCUGUGGCUUCGUAUUUCAACUAAAAAUAUAUCUGUUGGAGAAAAAAAUUAACAAAUAAAGAUUUUUCAUAGCA